ACUAAUCGCACUCGGUAAAUCGGAGGAAAAACAAAACAAAUUGUCAAGUUUUUAUUUCUAAAAGCGUGACUAAAUUAAAAAUUGUGAACAGAAUUUAGUUAUUUUAGUCAUCUUUUUUCUUUGACUGAUCUGCCGAACGAUUUGUCAACAUUAUGGCGGCCUCCGUACUGUUAGCUUGUGGACUAAAUGAACAAAAGUUGCCCGGGUUUGUUCACAUCAGUGAAGAGUCGAAUGUAGAUGGCAGCUUUCUAAUCAGCUGCAUUUUGGGACAACGUUUGCGGAUAUCGAAUGCAGGAACACUUCUUGUCUGCUUGCAGCAUCAUUAUCAACACUAUUUCAAUGCUGGCAUGCGUCUGGGAUAUAACUGCAACAUAUUUUUGGGCAAAACUCUAAAUGUGAUCGAUGUGCUUAGCGAUAUGGCCAACGAGGGUUUCGACAGCAAAUGGCUAAAGACCGCCGAUGGUCUCACAUUGACCGAGCAGCUGAUAGAGGAUAUUCGUGCUCAGCUGGCCAGUAAUUAUAGCAAUCGCAAUAGCUACACAAUAUUGAUUGACAAUCUGUCGAUACUUUUCAAUUUGGGGGCUAGUAAAGUACAAGUUCAACAAUUCUGCCAGUCGCUGGCUGCUUUGGCCAAGGAAUACGAAAACCUGACGGUUAUCACAAAACUAAGUAACAGCGAUAUACACCAGUUGACCGAUAACAAUGUGGCAAAGCUGGGAAAUGUCCGUAUUCAGGUGCUGCGGUUAAAGAGCGGAGUAUUCCGGGAAGUUGAUGGCAAGCUGUUGAUUGAACGAGUCCUUGAUGAGGGUAGCUAUGCCUGUGAGGAGACACGCAAAGAGGUUCUCUACAAGGUCAAUGAUCGCAAUGUCAAGAUUUUCAAUCCCGGCGAGGUUGGAGUUAAGGUGUAAUAGUUCUAAAGCCAAUAUACUAUUUGCUAUUUGUAUGAAUUUUUCAAUAAAGCCAUUUCAUUUA